UCAAAAGCACUCUUGACGUUGCCUGCGACGCACGCGAUUGCCAUUCACUGUUUCCGUUUCAUUUUCUAGACACCAAUUUCCCCAGUGCGAUUCGGUGUUAUUGACCAAUUUGAUCCGUGAGUUUUUUGUGGUCUAUGAAUUUUUCAAGAAUUCAUAAUCGACCGUACAGAAUAAUUCAACAGCAUAAGCAAACGGGGAAGAGUAAAAAUAUCCAACAGAUGGUUUGAAAAGGUGAAAGUGUGCGGAUCGAUUUUAUGUGUGAUUUGCACAACACGUCUGCAGAAGGAGGCAGAAAUCGAUAUUACGUGUUGCAUUGUUAGAACUUAUGGUGGAUUUGGAGAGGCGGCAGAAGCAGUGAAAACGUUGCUGAAAACACCAAUCGUCCGCAGUGCGACCAAGGUUGACGCCAAAUCACGCCUAACAAGACAAUCUUUGUGGAGUUUCUCUGCGACAAACACCAUCAGAGAGCGUCACUCAGCGCUGGAGAGGCUCAAUUUAAAACCCAGAGAGACCAGCGCCAAAAGAAGUCGGGUUCUUUGUGGAGAAAUAACGCUUCAUCACAAUGACAGUCACAGUGGCAUCUGAGCCGAUUUGGAAUCUGGAGCGACGUGAAUCAUCUGGCCAUUUGAUAUGGCGCCAAGAUGGCUCGUCCAAGGCGAAGGUGCGCUUUCGCUGCGACGUGGAGGUGCUGGAAUACGUCAAAGAUCCGGCUGAGCACGAGGAUGAGGACAGCAGCAAGAAGUUCCACGCUGUCAUUGUCUGCGCCACUUGCGUGGCCGCCUUGGCAGUCACAGUGAUCCUGCCGUGGUUCCUCAUCGGCUCCUCGUGAUCACCCAAUCUCCUACCCGCUAA